AUGAUAUCUUUCACUAUACAUGCAGAGAUAAAACAUACAACUGUUUUAGAUGAUAGUCUAGGUUUAGCUCUUUGGUUUGCAGCCCGUGGAAAAGGUGUUUUGCACAGUUCAAGUGAAUUCGAAGAGAAAUGCACUUCGUCAGCAAAGUUUCUGUUCCUCGGUUCUGGUAUAGAUGAGCAAUUAGCUGGUUAUGCUCGUCAUCUAACAACAUAUAAGGAAGUCUGUGACUUCGCAACAAGCAUCAAUCCAGAACCUUCAGGUUACCUAGCCGAUUUGGUAUUUACAAGUUACUUGGUCGCAUUUCAUCGUUUUGUGUUAUUCAAAUUCAGUCAUUUAAUGUUACGCCAUAUAUCAAUAUUUUUUGGUUUCAACAGUUUUGCAUUUGAUAAAAAUAAUUUCGAAAAUUCUAUGGAUAUGUAGAUCAUUUGAUGCUGGCUUAGCGGUUUCAAGGUUAAGCAAUAGCCAUGGCACGUGAAGCUGCUUUGUACUAAGACAUCUAGUAAAUCUUGAUAUUCCAUGGUUUAACUUACGUCAGUUGGUUAUUUCAAUAGAAAAUUUUCAAAAAUUCUAAGAUCAAUUUUUUUUCACAAAUUUUAUUCAUUGGUAUGUUAACAUUCAUACGUCGUGAAAUGUUGACGAUUUACCGAUCGAUAUUUUAUUUAUUUACGCUUCUUUACUCCUUUCUGUCUUUCUCCUUUUAUUCUCUAUCUAUUUUAC